GGUUCGGAGCGCGCCAGUCUAGGAGAAGCCGGACUGCAGGGCCCAGGGUUGGGGUCCUAGCUGCUACCCCAGCAGAAGAUGAACGGGACGCAUAGCUGGUGUACAUUGGUGGAUGUGCAUCCGGAGGGGCAGACCGCGGGCAGCGUGGACAUUCUCAGGCUGACUCUCCAGGGUGAACUGACAGGAGAUGAACUUGAACGCAUAGCCCAGAAGGCCGGCAGGAAGACCUAUGCCAUGGUGUCCGGCCGCUCAACUGGUCAUCCUCUGGCCUCAGAACUGGUGGAGUCCAACGAUGGACAUGAAGAGAUCAUUAAGGUGUACUUGAAGGGGAAGUCCGGAGACAAGAUGAUCCAUGAGAAGAAUAUUAACCAGCUGAAGAGUGAGGUCCAGUAUAUCCAGGAGGCCAGGAACUGCCUGCAGAAGCUCCGGGAGGAUAUAAGUAGGAAGCUCGACAGAAAUCCAGGAGAUUCUCUCCAUCAGCAGGAGAUACAGGUGGUGCUAGAAAAGCCAAAUGGCUUUAGUCAAGGUCCCCUGACCCCACAUAGUAGCCCACCCAAGGUGGACACCUAUAGAGAUGAAGAUGUCGAGAGCUUGAGGAGGACCGUGCAGGACUUGCUUGUCAAGCUGCAGGAGGCUGAGCGGCAGCACCAGUCAGACCGUGUGGAUUUUGAGGUCACACUCAGUCGGUACCAGAGAGAAGCAGAACAGAAUCGGGUGGCCCUUCAGAGAGCAGAGGACAGAGUGGAGCAGAAGGAGGCGGAAGUCGGGGAGCUGCAGAGAUGCUUUGUGGGAAUGGAGACGGAGCAUCAGGCCUUACUGGCGAAGGUCAGGGAAGGGGAGACAGCUCUGGAGGAACUUCGGAGCAAGAAGGUUGACUGCCGAGCAGAACAAGAAAAAGCUGCUAACCUGGAAAAGGAAGUGGCUGGGUUGCGGGAGAAGAUCCACCACUUGGAUGACAUGCUUAAGAGCCAGCAGCGGAAAGUCCGGCAAAUGAUAGAGCAGCUCCAGAAUUCAAAAGCUGUGAUACAGUCAAAGGACACUGCCAUCCAGGAGCUCAAGGAGAAAAUUGCCUACCUGGAAGCCGAGAAUUUAGAGAUGCACGACCGGAUGGAACACCUGAUAGAGAAACAAAUCAGUCAUGGCAACUUCAGCACCCAGAACCGGACCAAGACUGAGAACCUGGGCAGGUGAAUGGGCAUGCCUGGAGUGGGCCCCAGCGUUAGGAUCGCUAAGCCCCCCAGCCUAAAGCCCAUGCCUCUCAUCCGAGUGGUGGAAACAUGAGCUGCAGGAGAGAAGAUGCUGCUGUUGCUGGUGCCUCUGGCCUGAGGAGGAGCCCACCACCCCUGGAGGCUGCCGGCCCUGACUUUGACUUCCCGACUGCUCCCUUCAUGGUUCUGAACGCCCAUCCUCUAUGCUGGGCGGAUGGGGGAUGAGCUCCCCCUCUGGACACUGCAGCCUCUAGAGGCCGGCAAUAUCCUGCCUGCAGGAGCCAGGGCAGUAGCCUUAUUCCCAUAGUUACUAUUUUUCUCUGUAGCAGAGCCUCCCUUCUGUUGUAGACUGGAGUUUGUAGCCCGGGCCGGUUAUUCUGCCCCAGAAGCCAGGCCCUCCGCAGGUCGGGAGAGGUGACGAGAUCUGCCUCAGCCCUAGAGGCUGGAGGCACAGACGUCAGCAGUGAUUGGAGAGUGUCCUGGGGGCAUGAAGUUCCUUCCUUAAACACAGCUCAGUUCUUAGCAACAAACUGUUUGUUUUUCUAAUUGCUCCACCCUCACCCCAUGCUGACCGGGCCUCCUGCAGACAGACAAUGGGGCUACCUGUCAUGGCCUGUGAACCUCAACUUUGACUGGACAGGCCUUGUCUUUUGGGGAGGGGGAAUGUCCUUCAGGGAGUAGCUCUUAGCAGAAAGGUUCUGUGAGGCCACGGACAGUUACGGGCGACUUCUGUCUGCUGUGAAGACUCCCAGAAUCUCUUAGGGUUUCCCCCUAAGUUGCAGUGCAAGAUACACCUCAUUCUUCUCGACUCAGAGCCUAAAAACUGUUUUCACUGGGUUACAUCAAUCUCAGCGAAGAAACUCUCGUGGUAUUUAUUUUGCUAAGUUAUUGGUGUUUUUGCUUACAUCUCACAACUGAUUAAAUACCAGAGUUCAGAGUUCUACAGCCUUCUCUUGCAGUGUUUGGAUUUGCUGGACAGAGGGAAAAGAGUGUUCCCAGUGGACUUGUCGAUUUCAGAAUGAUGUCAUAGUCUUUUUCUCUCUUUCCUGCUGCUUUUCCCUUCCUCCUCCAAACCUCAGGAAGGCAAGUAUUGAUAUAUUCUCCCUGAAGCAUCGGGGUCUGAGUGUCUGUUGUUUGGGGGAAGAGAGCAAUCAGGAGGGAUUGAAUUCUUCCCUUAACCCCUCUGUACCCCUCGGCUCCACAGUCAGUUUGUUAUCCUGGCUCUGCGUGAACCUGCCACUCAUCGAGUUUCUUUAGGGCUCUUCCUGCAGCCUUAAGGAGGAGAUAAGCAUCAGAAUGUGGUACCGUAGGACACAGAAAAAUGAAAAAUAAACAUUAAGUCUUUAGGUUCUACUUGGCUCAAAACCAGAAGCCUUAAGUCUGUGGUUUCUGUGCAUCAGGGCUGAGCUCCCAUGCUGGCUUUGUCCAUCGUGUGCUGGUGUUCUGGUGUUCUUCACGCCAUUCCCAUUUGUGAAACAAGGGGGUUGGACCAGAUAAUCUCCAUGGGCCCUUCCAGUUCUGAUAUUCUUUCCUGUGGCAUGUUCUUUGUGUGGUGAAUUCAAUAAAUUAUGUUCAUGUGUCUUUUUGA